UAAAACUAAACAACUAACAAGUUAAUCAAGCAAGUUUUGACAAAAAUUAAUUGAAAAGUACUAGUGCAUCGUGUUGAUAGUUAUAUGAAGACGGUUAUGUGCUUGUAACAACAGUUAUUUUAACAUGGCGGGAUCACAACGCUUGCAAAUUUUGUUUUUGUUAGUGGUGAUUGCUCAAGCUCACUGCGUGCCGUAUGACGUGCAUUGGCUGAGCGGCUCGCAGACCAUAGACCAUGAUAUAUCAUCUACAAAACAAAAUAUAGACAUUUAUUGUUACCGGGGCACAUCCAAAAAUAUCUUGGCCCUGUGGCAAACAGCUAAGUUCCACAUAAGGAUAAAGAAUGACGAAUUCAGCCAAUACCUCGGCAGCAGCCCGGCCGAGGUACACAAAGAGUAUACAGAAGACAGCUACGGCUGGUCCGUGGUCAGCCCGUUCCAUAAGAGGACCUACAGGACGGUGGCUAUAGAUCUGUUCAAUACUACAUGCAUGGCCGUCAAUACAAAACAUAGACACAGCAUAGAGUUGCAGAUUAUUAGGGUGGACAUUUGGCGUGUGUUGCUAAUGUUCCUAGGCAUAUGCACUGUGUUCUCAUCACGCGCGCUCAGCGGGAACCCGGUGUUCUUCUACUUAUGUGGGGUUCUUGUGGGCGUGUCAGCUUCGUUCAUGGUGCUGGUGUAUUAUAUCAGCAGACUUCUACCUAGGAAAACCUUGACAUACGGCGUACUGAUCGGCGGUUGGACGGUCGGCGUGUACAUCUUCCAGCAGAUAUGGGAGAACAUACGUAACAUACUACUAUCACACCAGACAUAUAUGUUCUGGUACACGCUGGUCGUGGGGUUCGUCAGCUUCCUGGUGUGCUACAGGGUGGGACCGCCGAGGAAUCAGCGGAGCAAGAACCUGGUCAUGUGGACACUGCAGGGCAUUGGCGUGCUAAUGAUGUUCUUCAGCAGCGAUUAUCAAGAGGCCUCCACGGCUGUGGUGGCCGUUUGUCUCACCAUAAAAUACUUCCCGCAGUCCGUGCUUAAUUCUAUAUAUGGAUAUUGGCGGCGCAAGUUCCCGCCGAAACCGCGACUGCUCACGAGUGAAGAGUACUACGAGGAGGGAGCGAGAGAGACGAAACAAGCUCUCGAGAGUUUGAGGAAGUACUGUUCGAGUCCGGAUUGUGCGCAGUGGAGGAUCAUGCUCAAAAUUAACGACUCUAAAAGAUUUGCAUCAUUCGUCGAAGGCGACUCCCACCUAAGCGAUGAGGAGAUUCUAGACUACGAAUCAUACGCGUUCUCGACGGACCGACGGAAACCCGUAGCUAACUCCACCAGAAUAGCCCCCCUGGACAUCUCGGACGAUGACGAUAUCACGGACGAUGAAAUGUGAACCUUACUGUGUAAGUUAUAAGACUGAUUGUUUGUUAGCUAGUUGAGUCUAGU